ACUCUAUCUAUGCCUGGACCUAAGGACUUUCCCCGGGAAUUCCCCUAGGACCCCUACUGUGACAAGUGUGUGUGCUCACUGUGCUGUCCGUGAACUCUGAACUGAAUUGAGAGAUGGUUUGUCCUGUGUGUUACUUUGUACUAUAAAAGAAGCUUCCUAGAGGCUGUGAUGGAGAAUUUUAAACAUGCAUUCUCAGUCGGUCCUCCUAUUUUCGGUGGUAGUCUUCUCCACUCUGCUGUCAGGUAGAUCCAGCACCAACUGCCGUAUCAAUUUGACAGAAAAGUUGUCCGAUUUCAUUUUAACAACUCGACGGCUGCUAGAAAGUGCAAGCACCAUUGGCCCAAAGACUACAACCGGCUAUGUUGGGGGUAACAUAUCAGCUAAUGCCUCCAUUCCUUUGCCUGAUGGAUGUACUGGUCCAAUCAUAUUCGUUAACGACUAUAAGCUAUCUAGCCCUUGUAACAACCUGACAAUAUAUCAUGGUGCUGAUGGGCGGGAGCAUCUCAUUUACACUAUUAAUGGAGUGGAACAUUCAGUGAAUGGAACCAGGAUAGAUGUAUGCAUAUUUUGUAUGGACCACUAUGAAUGCUUUGUUCCUGCUUACUUUUAUGUCAAAGGUCGUCCUAAUAUCACAAGAGAUGAUAUAUUGAUAAAGGUUACGUGUAGUGAAGUUGUGAUCACCGGUAAUAUUGAUAAAGAUGCGACACUUACAGUUGAAGUAAAGAACUCCUCAAACGUCACAAUCUAUAAAGAGAAUGGCCUGACUCUACCUUACUCUAUUAAUGGCUCCGUGUUUAACCCAAGGAAUGAAUAUCAACUCACUGCUGUUGCUACUAACAAAGCAGGGGAUAGCAAUCCUUUGACAUAUGAUCUCAAUUUCGAUGUCAAUAUGACAGCUGAUUUCAACAUAGAAAGUACUGCGGUUAAAUAUGUAAAUGAUACGGUUAAAGUUUUAUUUUAUAUAAUUAGAGUCAAUAAAAGCUGUUCCCUGUUAUAUGUUAUAUCUGGACUACUUGAAUGUGGAAUCCAGCUGUUUGGCAGGUGGACAUACGCUUUUAUACUUAAAAAAGUCUUUUUCUUUUCCUCUUGA